AUGUUCCCCUUUCGAAGUGUCGUCAACCCGUAUCUGGCGGCUGGGGCGGCGAUCCUUCUCGCCCUCGUCUACGCCGUCCUACGUCCUAAGCGACCGCAUCUUCCACCGGGGACUACCCUUCCGCCAGGUCCUAAACCCAAACCCCUUAUCGGAAAUCUACUCUCAAUCCCACCGGCACAUUCUUGGCUCGCAUUCCACAAGCUUAUCAAGCAGCAUGGCCCAAUCGUCCGCCUUUCUCUGCCGGGCCAAGAGCACGUCCUCCUCGGUACUGAAACUAUCGCCAACGACCUCUUACGCCAGCGCGGCAAUCUGUAUAGUGACCGACAUUAUGCGCCGGCUUCGUCUCAUCUCCUGACUGAUGACCACAUGCUCUUGCUGCUCCCGUACGAUGAGAGAUGGCGGAACUAUCGCAGGUUCCUUCACCAGGUCACCAUGUCGCCUGUCGCACCGUUGUAUGAGCCUGAACAAAGUAUCGAGGCAGUAAGGUUGCUGCGAGAUCUCAUUCGGAAUCCGGAAGACUACGAAUCUCUAUUUGAGCGCUUCAGUGUUGGAAUAGGCUUGCGAAUCAUCUACGGUCUACGCCUCGAGACCGGGCAUGACAGUGACGCUAAGAUGAUUCUCGACAUUGUCCACGAACUCGAACGUGUGGGCUCGCCGGGAGCAUACUUGGUUGAUCUAUUCCCGUCUCUUAUGUAUCUGCCAGAGUGGCUUGCCCCUUGGAAGAAGUAUCUUAGAGCCCGGAGACGCCGCGACGAAGACUUUUUCCACGAUCUCAUCGACCGAAGUAAAUCACCGUCUUGGGCGAGGACUUGGAAAGAUACCAAAGAGCAGUGGGGACUGACGCGACGCGAGGCGAAUUGGAUGCUAGGGUCGGUCUUCCAAGCAGCAGCAACAACUUCCGGGUCAGCGCUUGCGGCGUUUAUACUCUGCAUGGUGCGCAACCCGGGAUGGUUUGAAAAGCUUCAGAGGGAGGUCGAUCCCGUAGUCGGAGCUGACAGACUGCCUACUUUCAGCGAUAUAUCGCAACUUCCACUAGUCAGAGCAUGCGUUAAGGAGACACUGCGAUACUAUCCCAUCACGGCCGGGGGUUUCCCACAUCGGCUUACAGAGGACGACACGUAUCAGGGGUAUUUCUUGAAGAAGGGCACGAUCGUGCACGCCGUGCAGUGGGCGAUCCAGCGGGAUCCAGAGCAGUACCCAGAGCCUGAACUCUUCAACCCUGACCGCUGGCUGGAUCCCAAGUACCCUACGUACAAGGAACCUCUCGGUGUUUAUCCCAACCUGCAGCAGUUUUCUGCUUUUGGCCACGGUCGUAGGAUUUGCCAAGGCAUCAACAUCGCUGAACGGAGUCUGAAUCUCAAGAUUGCAAUGCUUGCUUGGGGUUGCAACAUUUCCAGAGCCAAAGAUGGCAAAGGUGAAGACAUCGUACCUCCGUUAUACGAUUUUGUUGAAGGGUUUAACGUUCAGCCAAAAGCCUUCGAGUUUGAUCUUCAACCAAGGAGUCCUGAACGGGUAAAUUUGAUAGAAAGAGCGUAUGCUCAGGUACUCAAAGAAGAUCCCCUGCUGUGA